GACGAAAUUUCAAAUUUGUAAAUGGCGUGUACAGGGCUAUUCUAACCUCAGUUCGGCGCGGUAAUUCACUAUUGGAAUUCUUCAGAAUGGGUGAUUCAGAUUUUAAUGAGCUCCUACGAUCGGCUGAGCAAUUGUCAGCCGCUGUAGAGGGAAACGGCGAAUUACCGCAAGUCGAAAGAAACUUAAGACAAAUUUUAGAAGCCUCUAACGAACUUUGGUCCCGCGUCACUCAGCCCAGCAGUCAGGAUAAUCAAGUACAGGCACAUCUCUUAUUGGGUUCACGUGGUGUUGACCUACCGCAAAUAUCACAAAAAUUGAAUUCUCUGAGUGCACGGCGCACUUUCGAGCCAUUGGAUCCCGUCGCAGAUACAGACAUUGUUAGCUACUUAAGAAAUGAAAAAGAAAAUGCCAUUCUUUCUAUCAUCGAGCAAGUGCAUAAAGACACGUUUGAGUUGAAUAGAGUUCAGCAGCUCCAACACAUGCUGGGAGAAUGGAAACAAAUGCGUUAUGAAAUAAUGAAUGCAAUGACUGCUCCCUCCGGGGAAUUGGUCGACCUAAGGGGCACGCCUCAGCGAACAAAACUUGCUGGUUCCAUUGUAAGCGGUUUGUCCAGCAUCGAAGCUGCAUAUGCCAAGGAAGUACAAAACUACAAUGACCAUGUAUUAAGAGGCAUAACACGACCAAACUUGUUCAAAAUCCUAGCGAAAGCUUCGGAGAGCUUUAAUGAUAAGAAAGUAACUGAUAUGUGGAAAAUGGUUAAAGCUAUGGUAGAUAUUCCAGUGACCCCAAGGGGUGAUCAAAUGAAAUCGAGAAGCAGCCCUCAGGUUGAGAGAAAAAUAGUAUCGCAGGCACGCAAGUACCUUGAAACUCGGUACACAGAUUUCAUGAAUUCUAUUAUCAGCGAGAAUCUUGCCCAAGCAAUGCGCGGCGGUAUUCCCGGCACUGUACCGCUUGUGAAAAGCUUUGUUAGAGUCAAAAUACAAUCAACACUCGGUUUAGAGGGGAUACAGAUUGAUGGCACACCAUUGUGGCCGUUAGUCUAUUACUGUAUGAGAGCCGGGGAUUUCCAUGCUGCUUUGCAUUGUCUCAAACAAGCUGGAUCGGGUGUUGACGAGUUCAGAACCGUCCUGGAAGAAGCUGCGAACAGUAGCACUCAGCGUCCUGGCAGCAGAUCGGAAUCUAUUGUCAAAUUACAGUAUCGCCGCCAUGUCAGGUCUGCUACUGACCCUUACAAAAGAGCUGCCUACUGCGCUCUUGUGCCCUGCGAUCCCGACGAUUUACAUUCCGAAGUUAUGACCACUGCCGAUGAUUAUUUGUGGCUACGCUUAUGUCAGGUCAGAGAUCAGGCAGAUUCUGAAAAUAAACUUACUUUAGAUCACCUACAGACCACGAUUCUAGAAGAAUAUGGGGAAUCCUAUUAUCACGCUCAUGAACAGCCUUUCCUUUAUUUUUCAAUGCUGUUUUUGACUGGUCAAUUUGAGGCGGCCAUUGAAUUUUUGGCACGAGGUGCGGGUGCUCGAUUAUUGCCACAUGCUGUUCACCUUGCAGCAGCUAUGCACGAACAUAAUUUACUUGGAGUCAGUCAAAGUGUAUUGGCACCUUUGAUAAGUGUUGAUCCUGUUGACAAGCCUCCUGCGAAAAGGCUUAAUUUUGCACGUUUAAUUUUGCUGUACGUUAAAAGAUUCGAGGCUUCUGAUCCGAAGGAGAGUCUGCACUACCUCUUUUUAUUGAGGUCAAUGAACGAUCCGUAUGAUCGGAAUAUGUUUGCAGCUUCAGCUGCAGAAAUGGUUGUAGAUGCUUCACCAACUAAUCGAAGCCUGCUAAUUGGAAAGAUAGACAUGGGUCAACGACUUCCGGGAAUAUUGGAUGAAUUCCAAAUCAACGUGGAAGAUGUGAUUAAUAUUAGCGCCGAAACUUUGAAUCGCAAAGGUCUACUUGAAGAUGCAGUUACUAUGUAUGAUUUGGCUGGAAAUCAUGAGAAAGUUUUGAGCCUGAUGUGCUCUUUGCUUGCACAAGUGGUGAGCCAGAAAAGCGCUCCAGGUUCACUCAGAUCUAGGCUUCAAGAUACUGCCAACGAUAUCAGUUUCAGGUACCAAGGGACAGCAAUUCAAGCUCCUGCAGAAUCUGUAGCUGCUUUUUACACCCUAAGGGAUCUUAUGGUAUUCUUUGAUCAAUUCCAUAGCGAACAGCAUCAAAAUGCUCUGAGGACCAUCGCGGAUUCUGGAUUAUUGCCGCUACAUGUUAGAGAAGUUGACGAACGUGUCACAGCGCUCCGUCGGGUUUCAGCAGAAAUUACUGGCGCCCUGGCUGACGUUCUUCUAGCUACAAUGACUAUCUUGUAUAAGCUUUAUCAAAAACUACGCUCGACUGAACCAGGUGACGAGAUUGCGAGGGAACAGCAACUUUGCGAUCUCAGAGAACAAGCCAGAGCCUUGACCAGCUUUGCGGGCACGAUCCCUUAUCGAAUGCCGAAUGAAACAAACAGUAGACUUGUGCAAAUGGAAAUACUGAUGCAUUGAGGGAACGAAUUCAUUUUUGGGUAAAGAGUUUUAAAAAAUGUACAAUAGAAGCAUUCAAAUAGAUUUUCAUUUUCGAAGC